AUGGGGGCUCGACAAGCCUUUCUCUCAGAGGCUUCAGUUGGCGAAGGGCCUCUGCGGUCUCGUCCAGGGCUUGAUUGUACUCCUCCAUCCUCACCUCAAAAUUCUAGAGUGUGGCGUGAAAGCACUCGAGCAUCUCACCCUCAUACUUCUCCAGGUCAAAUUCCUUCUCAACCUCUAUUUAAUGCGCAAGGGCAGUAUAUUGCUCAAUCCUCCAACUCCAAUGAUCACAAUGUUAAGGAGGUCAAUGCCAUCACAACUAGAAGUGGUAAAUUUUUUGAAGACUCAUCCAUAAUAGCCACCACUUCAAGCACUCCAAAGGCUUUUCUGGCAAGUGCACGACCCAAUGCUUCUUCAAAAGUUCCAUUUCCCCAGGCUUUGAGACCUGUUGGAAAAGUGUUGGCUUAUGCCCAAAUUAUAAAGGAUCUAUUCACUACAAAAAGGAAGCAUCAUGUCAAAAAGACUGCUUUCUUGACUGAACAAGCAAGAGCGGUGAUUGAACAAAAGACACCACCAAAAUACAAAGAUCUGCAUUGUCCUACAAUUUCCUACCAAAUUAGGACUCAUGAACUCAGCCAACCUUUACUUGACCUUGGCGCGAGUGUAAAUCUCAUGCCUUAUUCUGUGUACUCGCAACUAGAUCUUGGAGAAAUGAAGAAAACAUCUGUUCUGCUACAACUUGUUGUCCGCUCCAUCAAAAAACCUCGGGGUAUUGUUGAGGAUGUUGUAGCUCAAAUUGAAAAAUUCUACUAUCUCAUGGAUUUCCUUGUUCUUCAUACCCAUUCUGAGGUAAAUAUGGAGUAUAAAAUUCCUAUUAUCUUUGGAAGACCAUUCAUGGCUAUUGCAAAGGCUUUAAUCAAAUUUCGGAAUGGGCUGAUGAAUAUAUCGUUUGGAAAUAUGACACUAGAGGUAAAUAGUUUCCACAUUGGAAAGUAA